GGGGGCGGCGGCCACGGCGGAGCGAUGAUCCGCCGGGAAGACACUGAACGGGCAGUGGAAAUUCUGACCAGAUACCAAAGCACCCUGCGGUCCCCGGAGGAGCAGGAGUUAAAAGCUUCCAUUGGAAAAGUCUCGCACAUCUUCCAAAGUGAACUCUUCCAGGCUCUGCUGGAUAUCCAUGAAUUCUAUGAUUUCACGCUGCGCUCUGCACCCCUGCAGUCUCCGAGCCUGGAUGCACGUCAUGGCACAGCCAGGCAGCAGCUUGGGGCCAGUGAAUCCAGCUCCACAGUCACUCCCAGAGAGCCCCAAAACAUACCUGAGGACUGCUGCUGGGACCGCGAGCAGAGGCUCGGCAGGGCAGCUGGGGACAGUGCUCCAGGGACACCGCCACGGCUGGUGAGGGUGACAGCACGGCGGACGGAGGCACCGGCCAGUGUCUGCAGCCUGGUGCUCAGCUCUCACAGCACCCUGCCCCAGGCCAACCCCGCUCCCAUUAUCGUGAAUACAGACUCGCUGGAACAAGGGCUCUCUAUGAAUGGCAGUGAUGGGAUGUUCAAAUAUGAAGAGAUCGUCUUGGAAAGGGGUAACUCUGGCCUCGGCUUCAGCAUAGCGGGAGGCAUCGACAACCCCCAUGUUCCAGAUGACCCGGGUAUCUUCAUCACCAAGAUCAUCCCCGGGGGAGCGGCAGCCAUGGAUGGCCGUCUAGGGGUGAACGACUGCGUGCUGCGGGUGAACGACGUGGACGUCUCUGAGGUUGUGCACAGCAAAGCUGUGGAGGCCCUGAAGGAAGCAGGCCCCGUGGUGCGGCUCGUGGUGCGCCGCCGGCAGCCCCCGCCAGAGACCAUCAUGGAGGUUAACCUGAUGAAAGGCCCCAAAGGCCUGGGGUUCAGCAUUGCAGGGGGCAUUGGGAACCAGCACAUCCCUGGGGACAACAGCAUCUACAUCACCAAGAUCAUCGAGGGAGGUGCUGCCCAAAAGGACGGGCGCCUGCAGAUCGGGGACCGGCUGCUUGCGGUGAAUAACACAAACCUGCAGGACGUGCGGCACGAGGAGGCAGUGGCUGCCCUGAAGAACACUUCUGACAUGGUGUACCUGAAAGUGGCCAAGCCUGGCAACAUCCACCUCAACGACAUGUACGCGCCCCCCGACUACGCCAGCACCUUCUCAGCCUUGGCUGACAACCACAUAAGCCAUAACUCCAGUCUGGGCUACCUGGGCAGCGUUGAGAGCAAGCCUGCCUAUCCCAUCCCUCCCCAGGUGACUCCGUCCCGGUACUCGCCUGUCCCUCGGCACAUGAUCGCAGACGAUGACUUCACCAGGGAGCCCCGGAAAAUCAUCCUGCACAAAGGUUCCACCGGCCUGGGCUUCAACAUUGUUGGAGGGGAAGAUGGCGAGGGGAUCUUUGUGUCCUUCAUCCUGGCUGGAGGCCCUGCUGACCUCAGCGGGGAGCUGCGGAGGGGAGACCGCAUCCUUUCGGUGAACGGCGUGAACCUUCGCAACGCCACCCACGAGCAGGCGGCGGCGGCGCUGAAGCGGGCGGGGCAGACGGGGACCAUCAUCGCGCAGUACCGCCCCACAGAGUACAGCCGCUUCGAGUCCAAGAUCCACGACCUGCGGGAGCAGAUGAUGAACAGCAGCAUGAGCUCGGGCUCGGGCUCGCUCCGCACGAGCGAGAAGAGAUCGCUCUAUGUCCGAGCCCUGUUUGACUAUGACCGGACCCGGGACAGUUGCUUGCCCAGCCAGGGACUCAGUUUCUCCUAUGGGGACAUCCUGCACGUCAUCAACGCCUCUGAUGAUGAGUGGUGGCAAGCCAGGCUCGUCACACCCCACGGCGAGAGUGAGCAGAUCGGGGUCAUCCCCAGCAAGAAGAGGGUGGAAAAGAAGGAGAGAGCACGGUUGAAAACAGUGAAGUUCCACGCCAGGACUGGCAUGAUUGAGUCCAACAGGUCGAUCAAAACGAAACGUAAAAAGAGUUUUCGCCUCUCUCGAAAGUUUCCAUUUUACAAGAGCAAAGAGAACCUGGCCCAGGAGAGCAGCGGACAGGAACAGGGCGUGACAUCAAACACCAGUGACAGCGAGAGCAGUUCCAAAGGACAAGAGGACACCAUCCUGUCGUACGAGCCAGUGACACGGCAAGAAAUUCACUAUGCGAGGCCAGUGAUCAUCCUGGGGCCGACAAAGGACCGAAUUAACGAUGACCUCAUCUCCGAGUUCCCACACAAGUUUGGUUCCUGCGUGCCCCACACCACCAGGCCCCGGCGCGAGAACGAGGUGGACGGCCAGGACUACCACUUUGUCGUGUCCCGGGAACAGAUGGAGAAGGACAUCCAGGACAACAAGUUCAUAGAGGCUGGGCAGUUCAAUGACAAUCUCUAUGGGACCAGCAUCCAGUCAGUGCGAGCGGUGGCAGAGAGGGGGAAGCACUGCAUCCUGGAUGUGUCUGGCAAUGCUAUCAAGAGGUUGCGACAAGCACAACUUUAUCCCAUUGCCAUUUUCAUCAAACCAAAAUCCAUUGAAGCCCUCAUGGAGAUGAACCGGAGACAGACAUAUGAACAGGCCAACAAGGUCUUUGACAAAGCCAUGAAACUUGAGCAAGAGUUUGGAGAAUAUUUUACAGCCAUCGUACAAGGAGACUCUCUUGAAGAAAUUUACAGCAAAAUCAAACAGAUCAUUGAGGACCAAUCCGGGCACUACAUCUGGGUCCCGUCCCCAGAGAAGCUCUGAAAAUGUCUCCCACCUGCUUCCCUGUGAGCAGAAGAUCUCUGAAGUCCCACCCAACCAAGCCCUCUGCCCCGAGGGGGAGGGAUAUGAAAACUAUUCCUGCUCCCUUUUUUAGAUCGUCGCAAAAUUGAGUUUUCUAGUCCUGUUUCUUUUGUUGGGAUGAACUCAUAUCAUUCAUCGCGUGACUGUUCCCACCAUUCCUGCAUGGACCUUCCCACUGCUCCAUUAGAGACAGUUGAGAACCCA